AUGUGUGUAAGCGAUUUGACUAUCGACCUCCCCUGCGAUGAAGAUCUAUGGGCAUGUGGAGGUGAGAAAGAGUGGAAGCAGAAACUUGAUUCAAAACCCAGUAAGAAAUUCAGCAUUCCCACUCGGUUGGUUGAUAUUAAUCUAUCUAUGCCAGGCCCGACUCAGCCAGUAAAGGUUGCUGAACUGCUUCGCAACAAAAGUAUCAAAAAAGAUGAUCUGAAAUCCCUAGGGCCCUCUGCUCUCCUUGUGGCAACCUGCGCCGCAUACGUGGAAGAAAGAGUGUUGAUGAAACAAUUCGGUGGUGAUUCAUCCCAUCCACUCUUCGAAGGCUCAACAGGAAGUAUCUUCGACCGCUUAAACAAGCACACUGACGAUCUUUUGGGCCUUUUCCCACGAGUCUACAUUCAUUCCACCUCACCUAUUGUCGAUAAUACUACAAAAUUUGCUCAUCUACUCCAAAUUAUCCGUUUUGUUCCUUACCGAAUGUUAUAUUCAUCCUGUGGUUGGUCAAUGCGCAAACCUGAAGCAGAUACCUUCGCACAACAGAUCUCCCAGAAACUGGAGGAAGAGCCCCAAAAGGCUCGCCACACUCUGAUCCAUGCAGCUCAACUCCUUCAUACUAUUCAAACCCAGCAGUUGCCCGAAUGCUUUGACUCUUUCUUUGUCCUCAUGGCGUCACUUUAUAUUUGGUUCUAUGACCGGUUCAUAGUGGCCGGGAAAAGAGGCGAGGUAGCUGGUCCGAUGCACCUCCAUAUUUUGCGAAUUGAUCGAGAUAUUGGACACGACAAUUUAGCGAAUUGGGUGAAUGGAGAAGAUGAAGACGAGAAGCUCAUUCACAUAUCUGGGAUAGGUGUUCUUAAUGGCUCGGAUAGUACCUCGCGCGUUCUGAAAGAGGCUAUCCACGUACUAAGCCAUGAGGGGCCCUGGUCUGUGCAGUCAAAUACCAUCGCUCGGUCAUUGCAAGGGAUGCUUGCGGGAGGGUUACCUUCGUUUGAUGACUAA